AUGCAACAAAAAGAGGAUGAAAUUAAAAAGGCUGGAAAGUAUGAAGAAGUUUUAAAAGCUUACGAGCAAGCCAAAAUUGAUCACAAAAAAGUUGUUUUAGACAAAGCGAUGAUAAUUGUGAAUAAUACUGAGUCUCGAUAUAAACAACUUGUCGAAGCAAAAACAAAAGCUGAUUGGAGAAAUUACGACAGUCAUGCUAAUUACAUAACAAAGAAUUUCACAAACUUUAUAGUGAAGGAUACACAGACAAAUGUUAUGACCAUGAAAGAAGAAAUUAUAAAGGCAAAACCAGAAUACAAAAACUAUCUUGAGAAUUUCUUAACAAUUGAUCACAAGAAAGUAGUCGAAGAAUUAAAAAAAGAAGAGGAAUAUAUAAGCGAAGAAAAGAAGUUUAAAGAAAAUAUUCGAAUGAUUAAUUCGGCAAGUUACGACAGAGCAAAAAAGUUGCUUGAAAAUGCAAAAACCUUUUUGGAAAAAUUUGAAGAUGUUUUGAAUACUAAAAAUAACACAGAACAUCAACAAACGUACAAUGAAGCAACAAGAAUAGUUCGAUUUGCUAUGAUCGACUCUGUUUAUAAUUCGCAAUUCUCUUCAAUAAAAAGCAAAUUGUCAAUGGUGGAAUAUAAAAUGAAAGAACACAAAGAAACUCAAAAAGAUAUAAAUGAACUCAAAACACUAUUAGAAGAACAAGUUUUUAAAAAUGAAGAGGAGUCGUCAUUUUUGAAGCUCAAAAGUGAAAUGAUUAUAAGAAAACCAGAUACUCAGAAACUUUUUGAUUCUUUUGAUAAUAUCAGGCUAAGUCUUGGUGAAAAAAUUGAAGACAACAAAAUAUCAAAAAUCGAACAAAAAGCACCCGAAAAGGUCUUUCCAAAAAUAGAAAAAACUGUUGAACAAAAAGUUGAACCCAAAAUAGAAAAAUCCGUUGUCAUGCACGACAAAAAAGUUGAAGAAAAGAAAGUUGAAAAGGUAGAAAACAAACCCCCAAAAGUUGUUUUAGUUGACGAUACAAAGUUAAAAGAAUUUGAGUCUAAAUUAACGAAAUCGUUGACUGAAAUAACUAAAACGGAUAUUUACUCAUUAUUAGUAAACGAAGGAAACACACUUAAAAGGUUAUUAGACCAGAACACAACUUUAAUUAAUAAUUCUAAUAACAAAUAUUCAAAGUUAAUAGAAGACGCUUUUACAAAGAUAAAAAAUUCAGUGAUUCAGUAUUAUAUAGAAAACACAAAAAUACUGAAAAUGAAGCUUGAGAAGACUAAUAAUUCCGACACAAUGGACAUCGUAAAGAAUAAAAAAGUCCUUAUUGAUUAUCUAAACAAGCCAUUGAUCACCAAUUGUAAUGAAACAUUUAACACUUUAAAAUCCGAGCUAACUGAACGUUCAGAAGACUUACGCGAAAUUUUUAAUGCGAUUGACUAUGUCAUCAAUGGAAAGAAGACUCAAGAAAAGAAACAGCAAACAACUGAAGACAAAGAAAUUCAGAAGAAAUUGUUUGAGAAGACUUCUGCAAUGCAAAUGGCAAUUUCAUCGAUAACAGAAAACAACCGUUUUGACCGUCAAACUAAAAAAAUGAAAAUUGAAAAAAUUGGCGACUUAAUUCUUGUGCAAUUGAUGGAAAUAAAGUUCCUUGAAAUUCAGUCGAACGACAAACAAGAAAAAGAAAAUUUGAAACAUCAAUUUGAAGUCCAUUUUGAUCGAAUUUCUAAUUCUUUGGGAGAGAAAGCACUCAUUUUUGCAAAGAAGAGAACUAGCGAAGCAGAAGAAAAUUCAGUGUUUACGCAAAUGCACGCAAAUGACUUCUCGACUAAACUCGACCAAAUUUUAGAAAGUUUAGUUAUGAUGGAAAAGUUCUUCCAGUAUUGUGAAAAAACUGAAACAUAUUUCCCGGCACUUCAACUCAUUUCUAUAGCAAAAAAGUUUGUGGAUUUUUCACAUGAAAUUUCAAAGGAAAAGGAGUUUGGAAAGGUCGAGAAGGAAAAAGAAGCUUCGAGAAAAAUUGAAAACUUUUUGAAAACUUCGACAUUGGCGAAAAUGAUGAAAAACGAGAAAGACGAACUUUUGGACAUUGAAGAACGAUGCGAAAAGGAAUUUUUGAGUAAGUUGGUAAUGUUUUUGAAAGAACGAUUUGAUGUGUUAAAAAAGUCGAAAUCGUUUGAAUGUGAAAGUUUUGUGCAUCAAUAUUCACAGAUUGCAUUAAUAGUAAAAGGGGCUUUGAUGUUCACUAAAACGUUUUCUCAACAAUUUGCAGAUGGAAAUAAAGAUAUCAAAGAAAUUAAAAGUUUAUAUACUGAAAUUGAUAAUUUGAUUGAAAAGAACAACUUGACGUUCGAAGAGAUUUUGGCGGUCGAAGGAGCAAUGUCAUGCCUUGAAAGUACAAAGAAACAAGAAGAUGAAAGAACUGUUAAAACUGUAUAUAAUAAAUAUGUCCAUAAAACACAAUUAGAAAAGUUCGAAAACAUUUUGAAAACCAAAAAUAGAAACGCAGACUUUUUCAGAAAUAAAAUGGAGUUAUUGAAUACCGAAGAAAAUAAAGAAAAAGUAGAUUUUUAUGAACAAAGUUUUAAUGAACACAGAAAGAAAUACUUCACUGAGAAUACUCAAAAGGAAAACAAAGAAAUUGUCGAAUGGAUGAAACGGCUCUUUGACUACACAAAUUACGAAUCAUUGAAUUUCACCAUCUCACAACAAGAAAAGAAAUCGUUUAUUGAAAAAAUAUCAAAAGAAACAAUUAAAACCAGUGAAAUUAAAAAUAGACUGAAUAAAGUUGUAACAGAGAAAAAUACGAUAAUGGACUUUUUAUUAAUAGGAGAAACAUUCAACGAAAAAGAUGUAAAAAAUUCAAAAAUAUUGAGUAAUGUGGACUUUCAAUUGUUCGACAAAUUUGUGAAAGAAAUGACUUUGAAAUGUUACACAUUAGAAAUGGCAGUUUUUCUGUUUGGAAUUAAAUUUGUUGAUUUCCCCGAUUCUAUUAAAGAAAGUUUGAAACUUUACAACGUCUUAAUUUUGCUCAAGACAUGUGCAAAAAUAGAAAUGAUUAACAUCUUAAAUCAACAAGAGAAAGUUCACGAAGUGUACAUUAAUUAUAACACCAAUUUGUUAUUAAAACUUAAAGGCAUUGUUGUAGCACUUAAAGACCAGAUACCAAAAGAUAUUCACAUUGAAGUUUUAAACAAUUAUAUAACAAAGGCCACAAAAGAAAUAAAUGUAGAUCCAACAAAAAUGUUGUUAUUUAAAAGUGAAUUAAAGUUCAUUGAUAAUUAUAUCAAAACAUCAGUAAAACUGAACACAAAGGAAUUUCACAAUGUUAUUCAAAACAAUUCAACCGCCGCGGUGUUAAGAGCAAAUUAUUCAUUUUCAGAUAAAGUCAGAAUUUUCGUUAAAAAAGUCGACACCGAAAAUUUUGAUAUUUUUGGAUUUUUACCAAACGUUUUCUCUCAGGUACAAUCGACUUUCCCACUUGCAAAUAAAACGCCUCAGAGUGACUGUGGCAGUACAAAAAGUAUUUUUGGCGACGUCUCUGCAAAUUCAGUUAAAAAUUUUAUUUCUGAAUUUGAUUUAUUCGAAGAAUUUGAUUUCAAAACUGAUUUUAAUAAUUUCAACUUCAAACAGCUUUUAUUGAAUGCCAAUAACUCUCAAAUCAAUGCAUUGAUGUGUAAAAAUGAACACUCGCUCUAUCAAUUUAAUUUACUCGACUUCUAUUCGAGAACACUAAAAAUAGAACUCCCACUUUCAAUUGAAAACGACGACAAUUUGAUUAUUAAAGAAUAUAUUAUUAACAGUUUUAAUAACAACAAAUUUGAAGGGAAUAUGUGGUACCAAAUUAAAAAUAAAGAAACCACUGAGACCAUUGAACACCUUUUGAACUUCGCUGGAUAUCAAUUGGACGCACCUAAAAGCCUUCCAACCGAUUUUGUGUUUGGAUGUGCAGUCCCUUUGUGCACUUCUACUGGAUAUUUCUCUUUGGAAAAUGUCAAAGAAAAGACGUGCGGAGUACUUUUUAAUGUGAAUUACGAAAGAAAAUAUAAAGAAUUUAUAGAAGACUCUAAAUACGAAUUAACAAAAACAACUAAUUUCGUCAAAACAGCAAUUUUUGAAAUGUUAAGGCAAGUCGUAGAAGAAAAUUACAUUAAAAAUUGUAAACCAAAAUUCGACAAAAUGUACAAAGAAUAUUAUGAUAAAGUGUAUGCGAAAGAAGUUGCUAAAUACACAAAUAAAGUAAUAUUAACUGGUCUUGGAGCCACUUUUGAAAUUGAGAAGACGAAUGUUGGCUUCUCUAUUAGAGUAAAAACAAGUGAUAAUUCUCGAGCUAAUAAAUAUCAAUACAACUACAAUUUGACUAAAGAGUUGGAUGGAAUGGAACUUGUUUAUGACACUGGAAUGUGUUAUAAAAGAACUGAUGGGCUUUUUGAAUGGACGUAUAGAGACUAUUUCGCUAUGAAACAUAACACUCAAAAACGCUUUGAGUUUGACCAAAAGAACGAAAUUAAUCUUCCUGCAGACUUAUUAGUCAUGAUAACUUAUAUCGAAAAGAUGGACAUGUUCUAUGACAAUAUUGAUCAGAAAAUAAAAGAAGAUAAAAAAGAGCGAAAGAGAAUUGAUGAAAUAAACAAGAUGAGGGGAAUGGGGAUAUUUAUUUCGUAUUAA